AUGGAGGACUACUCAGAUUUGGCAAUCUCAUCGGAAACCACCUCAGCUAUCCCUGAUGGAGAUGGAGUGAAUACAGACACAUUUGAAUAUACGGAUGAAGAUGUCAAUAGGUUUCUUGUUGCAGCGGACCUGAGUGAGUUGAGGGGUGAAACCCCAAUUAAUGUAUAUCACAAACUACUCAAUUUAAGAAAGAGGCUUACUGAUUUUCACUUACAUGCUGUUUAUCUCUCUAAUUAUCAUAGAAAUAGACAAAUUCCCAGGGGUUUUAGGUUUGCACGAGGAUAUGAUAGAGAGAUGGUUAUAGACAUAAAGGCAGAAGCUAUUAAACGAUUUGAGGGCAACACGAUCAAGCCAAGAGCAAUAAACAACUCAGAGGAGAAGAUCAACUUUAUAACCACAUUUGAUCCAAUGCACCAAAAAGAUGCUGGAGCAAUCUCUAAACACUGGGAUCUGGUGCACUCAGACAAAUCUUUACCAUUUGUGAAACAACAACAUCCAAGAAUGAAUAUGUCUAUUACACUCCAACCGAUGGUUCCACAGGACGUUAAAUCAAGAGAAAACCAAUCAACAGUAACAAAGGUCAUCCUUUUGGGGUUUCCAAAUCUUCAGAGUUCCAGGAUUAUAAUUGUCUUUGCUUUCCUUAUAAUUUAUAUUGCUACUUUAGUUGGAAACAUUUUGAUUAUUGCAUUGGUUUCAACCAGCAAUAAUCUACGUUCUCCCAUGUACUUCUUCCUAUGUCAAUUGUCUAUAUCUGACAUCUUGGAAACAACAACCAUUAUGCCUAAUUGCAUGAGUGUUGUAUUAAAAGAAGGCACCACCAUGUCUAUUGUUGAAUGUAUUACUCAAUUUUGUAUGUUUGGUUCCUGUUCAGUUACAGAAUGUUUUAUUCUUACAGUGAUGUCUUAUGACAGAUAUGUAGCUAUCUGUAAGCCAUUACACUACAAUAAUGUGAUGAACUUUACAUUUUGCAUUCAUCUAAUUAUCUGCUCUUGGCUCACGGGCUUCAUGGUAACAUUACUUAUCACCAUCAUGCUAUAUAGGUUAAAUUUCUGUGGUCCAAAUAUCAUUGACCACUUUUUUUGUGAUUUCAAACCUAUUGUACAGCUAUCUUGCUCUGACACAACCAUUGUGGAAAUGAUCGUAUUUUUAGUAGCCACUCCUGAAACAUUUAUUCAAACAAUGUUCAUUGUUGGGACUUAUAUUUAUAUAUUUAUCACUAUAGUUCACAUCUCUUCUAAGGUGGAGAGACGGAAAACCUUCUCCACCUGUAGCUCUCAUCUUACUGUUGUUUGCACAUAUUAUGGGACUUUGAUUUCCAUCUACGUUGCACCAACCCAAGGGCAGACUUUUAACAUAAAUAAGGUCCUAUCCCUUCUUUACACUGUAGUGACGCCUUUAUUGAACCCUAUAAUAUACAGCUUGAGGAAUAAGGAAAUUAAAACAGCCAUAAUAACAUUUUAUAAGAAAUAUAUGAAUAUAAUUUAA